AUGGAUUACGAGGCUUUAAAAGAACAAUGGAGCGAGGUGGAAGACCGUGACGGUGUUCGACUGAGUUGGAAUGUUUUCCCCAGCUCCCGAAUGGAAGCAUCCCGCCUCGUCGUUCCCAUCGGUGCUCUCUACACCCCUCUGAAAGAGAAGCCGGAUACACCUUUACUACAAUUCGAGCCCGUGACGUGUAAACAACCGUGUCGCUCUGUCUUGAAUCCCUUCUGUCAAGUCGACGUUAGGGCACGUCUAUGGAUCUGCCCAUUCUGCCUUUCGAGGAACCCUCUUCCUCCUCAUUACAAGGACAUCACGCCCAAUGCCAUCCCCCCCGAGCUGCAUCCGUCGAACACAACAAUCGAGUAUCGACUCUCACGACCAGCACCCAGCCCGCCUAUUUUUCUCUAUGUUGUUGAUACGUGUCAAGAGGAGGAUAGUCUGUCGGCUUUGAAGGAGUCGCUCAUCAUGAGUUUGAGCCUCCUCCCCGAGAAUGCCUUGGUUGGCCUGAUUACGUAUGGAACAAUGGCCCAAGUUCACGAGAUCGGGUAUACCGAAUGCGCCAAGUCGUACGUUUUUCGUGGUAGUAAAGACUAUUCUGCCAAACAAGUUCAGGAGAUGUUAGGUCUGCUUGCCCCGAGUCUCCGCCCUGGCAUGCCACAACAGCAGCCUGGUCGACCUAUGUUGCCCAUGGGGCCCGCCACUAGAUUCUUGUUACCCGUCCAGCAGUGUGAGUUUCAGCUCACUAAGAUCCUCGAACAAUUGCAGAAGGAUCCUUGGCCGGUCGCUAGUGAUAGGAGAAAUCUUCGAUGCUCUGGUGUUGCCCUUAGCGUUGCUGUUGGCCUACUUGAGUCUUCCUUCCAAAACGCUGGUGGCAGGAUCAUGCUCUUCGCUGGCGGCCCUGCAACUGAAGGCCCAGGAAUGGUCGUUGGUCCUGAAUUAAGAGAACCAAUUCGCUCACAUCACGACAUUGAUCGUGACAACAUCAAAUAUUAUAAGAAAGCACUUAAGUUCUACGAUAAUCUUGCGAAGCGGACUGCCCACAACGGCCACAUAAUAGAUAUAUUCGCCGGCUGCUUAGAUCAAGUAGGAUUGCUUGAGAUGAAAGGCCUGUGUAACUCGACAGGCGGUCAUAUGAUUCUCACCGAUAGCUUCACAUCAUCUAUGUUUAAGCAGUCAUUUAUUCGAGUCUUCGAGAAGGACGGGGAUGAUAAUCUAUUAAUGGGCUUUAAUGCUGUCCUCGAAGUUUUGACAACUAAGGAGUUGAAGGUUACCGGCUUGAUUGGACACGCCGUGUCAUUGAACAAGAAGUCAACUUCGGUUGGAGAGACCGAGUGUGGUAUUGGUAAUACGUGCUCGUGGAAGAUGUGUGGCAUCGACCCCAAUGCUAGCUACGGCGUCUAUUUCGAAAUUGCAAGUCAGGGAGGCCCCACGCAACACCAGCAGGGCCAGCAGAAGGGUAUGAUGCAGUUCUUGACGUAUUACCAGCAUUCUUCUGGGCAGUUCCACUUGCGUGUAACUACUAUUGCUAGGAACUUGAGCGGCCCAGCCGGAGAUCCUGCUAUCGCACAGUCCUUCGACCAGGAAGCGGCCGCGGUACUCAUGUCAAGAAUUGCCGUUUUCAAGGCAGAGGUUGAUGAUGGUCCCGAUGUUCUCCGAUGGGUGGAUCGGAUGCUUAUUCGAUUAUGUUCACGUUUUGCUGACUACAGGAAAGAUGAUCCUUCCUCGUUUAGGCUGGAGAAGAACUUCACUCUCUACCCCCAGUUUAUGUUUCACCUCCGGCGAAGCCAGUUCCUACAGGUCUUCAACAACUCCCCCGAUGAGACAGCCUUUUAUCGCCAUGUGCUGAAUCACGAAGAUGUGAGCAAUUCUCUCAUCAUGAUACAACCAACUCUCGAUUCGUAUACAUUCGACCAGGAUGGAGGACAGCCUGUCUUGUUAGACUCGACUUCUAUCCAGCCUACACAUAUUUUAUUGUUGGACACCUUCUUCCACAUCCUCAUCUUUCAUGGAGAAACUAUUGCAGAAUGGAAGAAGGCGGGGUAUCAGGAUCAAGAAGGUUACGAGAAUUUCGCCACGCUUCUGGAACAGCCAAAAGAAGACGCAAGAGAUCUUAUUGCAGACCGUUUCCCACUCCCUCGGUUUAUUGUAUGCGAUGCUGGUGGCUCGCAAGCGCGGUUUUUACUAUCAAAACUUAACCCGUCAACGACACACACCACAGGGGCAUACGGCGGUGUUGGUGCACAGACUGCGCAGACAAUCUUUACUGAUGAUGUAUCACUGCAAACUUUUAUGGACCACUUGAUGAAGCUAGCCGUGAGCGGGACAAAUUAA